AUGCAGAACUUGAUAGAUGUGUAUAUGGAUAUGCCUCCGGUGACGAGGACAUAUGCGACCGCAUGUGUUUUGGCGACAUUGGCGGUGCAGCUUGACUUCAUAACUCCGUUCCAUCUAUACUUCAAUUGGGAAUUGAUUGUGAAGCAGUAUCAGGUACAUCUAAGAAGCAUUAUCUCUUUUCUUAACUUCAUUCGAUUUCAGUUCUGUUUCAUGUUCAACAUGAUUUUUACUUAUCGCUAUUGUAUGAUGUUAGAGGAAGGUUCGUUCCGUGGACGCAGAGCUGAUUUUGUCUAUAUGUUUUUGCUUGGAGGAAUUUUAAUGAUUAUAUGUGGAAUAUUUGUGCAAAUGGUAUUUCUUGGUCAGGCGUUUACAAUUAUGCUCGUGUAUGUUUGGAGUCGCAGAAACCCACAUAUACAAAUGAACUUCUUUGGUGUUCUUUCGUUUACUGCUCCUUAUUUACCCUGGGUGUUGCUGCUGUUUUCUCUUUUAUUGGGGAACAACGCUAUCGUAGAUUUUAUGGGAAUCGCAUGUGGACAUUUCUAUUUCUUCCUGGAAGAUGUUUUCCCAUACCAACAACACGGAAUGCGUUUGCUUGUGACACCUGGCUGGUUGAAGUGGUUAUGUGAUGAACGAACUCCUGAUCCAGUACCAGAAGAAGAACGACCUGGAGGAUUUGGUUGGGGUGUUGAGAAUGAAUGA